GUAAGAUUCUGCGUUUUUUUUUUCUGCCACGCUGCCGCGAGUGACGGCAGACCUGCCGAGGUGGCUAUGCUACUGUCAACGCUUGCGAAAGUGUGUUUCUCUUGCUCGUCCAUCUUCAAACUUGACCGCCGCAUAUUCCCUUGCUGGUCCACGACGUAGUGCUAGGUACAACUCGAAAUCAGAAUGUGAAGAUGAGUGCGCUCUUUCGCAGUUUUCGAGCAAUUUUUCCGCUCGCGCCUUGCUUGCUCUCAGCUUCUGACCCGUUGUUCCUGGCAACCGCUACCACCGUGAGAGGAUUAGCAAAACGCGCUUCAUCCAGCACCCGUACGCUCGCGCAGCAAGCCGCGCUCUUGAAGAGCGGCAAGCACUUCAUCGACCGUCGCAGCUUCGCUCUGGCGCGACGGGAGCAGCUGCAAAAUGAGGCUCAGAAGAACAAGCGCACUGAAGAAGAGCUCCUUCAAGAGGACAUGGAACAGCACGACAACAAGAGCUCCGGCCCCCUCUACGAUCGCUUGUCCGAGAUGUCAGUGAAUCUGAAGGACGCCUUGACGUCCAACCACUUGAUUUCAAGCUGGAGUUCGUCAAAAACCUCCAAGGAAGACGAGGAAACGAAGAUCAGCAAGAAGCAAGAUUUGAUCCUGGAAAAGUUGGACAAGCUGGAGGAGGGACAGGCGCGGCAGGAACUGGAACUGCGAAUUCUGCAAUCCGAAGUGACCGGGCACGAGGGGCAAUUGUUGACCUCGGGUCACCAUUACGCGAGUAACAAGUUUGCGGAGCGCCAGAUGAAAAGGGAACAGGAACAGUCCUGGGCCGGGAAACGAAUGGCGAAGAAGCAGAAGAAGGAGGGACGAACGCAGCGCGCUUUUGGACGUCGAAAAACGGGCGGUAGAGAGAGUAGAGAGAAAAACGACAGUAGAGGACCAGCUGCUAAAAUCGCGGACUCGCCCGCGGGGACGCGCUUGGCGGGGCACGAUGCGGAGAAGGACUACGUGCAAGCGAUGAGCAAACAACAGCAAAUGCAGAAAAAAGAAAACCAGAAAACCGCUGCGGAUACGUCUUCUCCCGCGCCAGCGCCGCUGCAACAAGCAGAGAGCAACAAGCUCCAGAAGACUACCACUUUUCAGGCUGCUGUUGAGGAGGCGAGUGACGAAAGCGACGAUGAUGACGACGAUGAUGACGACGAGUCGAAAGACAAGGAAACUGCAGCUUCUUCCCAAGUACCGAAGAAUACCGCUAAGGAGGACCACGGUACAACUCCCGUCGUACCAAAGGAAAAAAAAGCAGAAGAUGUGCAACCAACAUCUCUGACCGCUCCACCAGCUACGCCGGUAAAAUCAGCUGGCUCGCCGAUGAACAACGUAGCCCUGGCCGCCACGAAAGCAGUGGUCCGGAUUGCGACAAAGAAGAAAGUACUCAAUAAAACGGCCACAACUACCGCUCACGAAAGCAGCACAAAGACGACCACCAGCGAGCAGGGGCUGCAUCACAGCAUUAGCAAAGCGAAAACCGUCUCCGUCUCCGCAGGAGGAGGUCGAGGUCGUGAAAGCAAGCACCAAAACAAGAAAGAGCAGAACCAGCAACACAAACUUUCCUGGGAUGAGAUCAUCGCCGCACGGAACAAAAAACAGCGGUGGAAGCACUACCACCACGGGCAGCACCGGCAUGUUCGCGGCAGGAACGCGGAGGAACAGGCUUUUGACUUGACGCCGGAAUCCAUGAACGCGUGGCUAGAGGAUUACCGCAAGACAAAUUCCGGCACGGUGGCGGACGUGGAAAAGGAAUUUGCGAAUUUGAACAAGCCGAGCUUGGCCGGAGCGCUGGCGGGCCUCGGGCGAUAGAGUAGGUCGGUGCAGAAUUUUUUUUUCCAAAAAUGCUCUUUGAGAGAGCGACAGAAAGCUGUGCAGUUGUAACUUUGAGAUCAUGUUGAUGAAAGUUAAAGUUUUUUCCGAAGCAACGCAGUAGAGUUUGAAGGGCAAAGAAAAACAAGCAGAAAAACAAGCGGUACUAGACGAGGCGUGCCUGCGCCAAGAAACAUCAAGCAGCUAGCAAGGGUUCUUGCUCCUCUCAGUACCGCUUUCAGCCGCUGCGGUGAGAGUCGCAUGGAUAAAACUGUGUUCUGAAGAACUCGGAUCUGAAAAGAUGAGCUGCUUGAUCAGCAAGUCGUAAGCUGUCACGAU